AUGGGUCGAUCCAAGUCCAACCUUAGCCGUAAAAUCCACCGCCGGUUGUCCGUUCUCCGCCACUGCAUUCUCCGGGUGUGGAACCAAAUUCUCAUGUGCUCCAUCGGAAUGCGGAUUAGGUACCGAAUGUUGUCUCAUCCCGCCGUUGUUCCCUCCGUCUCCUUGCCUAUUUCCUCUGCUGGUGGCGGCGUAAUGGAGGAGGUGGCCCUCGUCAAUUGUCCCCCGCCUUCCGCGGCGGCGAUUCUUCACAACUACAACAACAACGUCCACCGGGUCGAUUCGGAUUUGCCAGAUUGGGAAAACAAGCUUUUUGGCCAAGUAAUCGCCCUUCUCGAUUCCGCUUCCGGCUACUCAAUCUCUUACCAAGACCUCUUCCCCCUCGUCAAAUCCACGGCCUCAGCUCUCCACAAAUUGGGCAUCCGCCACGGCGAUGUCGUCUUGCUCGUCCUCCCCAAUUCAAUUUGCUUCCCCGUCGUCUUCCUCGCCGUCCUAUACGCCGGCGCCGUCGUCACCACCAUGAACCCUCUCGCGACCGUCGUGGAGAUCCACAUAACAACUUUUGGCUCUUCAGGAAAAGAUCCCAAACGUACAAGUUUGGCGAAAGAUCUAGAGCAGGAAGAAACCCUUCUGAAGCAAUGUGUUCAGAAACUUAAAUCCGUUGAAGCUAGUAGAGCUUCCCUUGUCUCUCAGUUGAGGGAUGCUCUAAAUGACCAGGAAUCUCAGUUGGAAGUUGUGCGAACUCAGAUGCAGGUAGCUCAGGCUCAGGUGGAGGAGGUCAACAUUAUGAUAAAGCGGCUCAACGAUGAAGACUAUGUGCCCAAAGCCACAACUGCAACACAAACAGAAGCAGAUACAAAUGGCAAAGCAGGACACACGCCAAAGAAAACUGCAGCAGCUAUUGCUGCCGAGGUUGCAGAUAAGCUUGCAGCCUCGAGCUCCUCCCAAAUGAUCAUGCAUUCCGUUCUGUCUUCAUUUGCGGCGGAAGCAGCAAAGACUGGAGCUUUGAGAUCAACCCCCGUUAGCUCUUCUGCCAAUGAUUCUGUGCCAGACCCCGCCAUGUUCAUGUCAGCACAGCAACCCCUUUCUGCUGCUCCUUCGAACCAUCCAUACCAUACUAUGCAGAAUCAGAUACCGAGCUCUCAGCCUCAGUUCCACAUGAUGCCGAAUCCUUCCUCUCAGCAGUACUUGCAGCCUCCUGGCGGGAUUGUUACUCCCUACGGAUAUGGUAGCAUUAGUUCCUUGCCAUCGGGACCACCGCCUCCACCUCCUCCCUAUAUGAUUAAUCCCAUGGCGCCUAUGGCUCAGCAACCACCAUCGCAAGUUCCAAUAACCCAACAGCAGCAAAUGACAUUAACUCAGCAGCAAGCUGCUGGUGGUCCUCCUGGGUUUAGACCCUUGCAGCCGCCUGGAAUGGUGUAUUAUGGGCAUCAUCCAUCAUCCCAUUCUCAGUGA